CUGAUCUUUGUCAAUUAUAAAAAUUUCCCUUUCAUUUCCUCCCUCUUCCUCUAUUUCUAUAAAUUUGACAGCAGCUGAUCAGUUUGCCGGCGAUCUCUCUAGUUUCCGAUUAAAAAAUCUGGCGAACUUCAGACCGUUUAGUGCUCAGAAGCAGGGGCGGACCUACAUGCAGCCUAGGGGUUCAUCCGAACCCCCUUCGUCGAAAAAUUACACCCUCACCUGGAAAAAUGGAGGGAGCAACACCUUCUGUGUUAUGUAGUCACUUUGUUAUCAUGUUGAUCCUACUUCUACCAGAUACAUCAGUGGCUGAACCAAGAUCCCAGAUAAUCCAGCUCAUAUGUGGAAAUAGAACGACGGUUUCCACCCCAAAUUUUGUUGGUACAAUGGAAACUUUAAGUGAACAAAUGAGAAGUAGAGGAUAUGGAGUAGGAGUUACUGGCAAUGGACCAGAUGCUAAUUAUGGACUUAGCCAAUGCUAUGGUGAUCUUUCAUUAAUUGAUUGUGUCUUAUGCUUCUCUGAAGCGCGGACCCUUUUUCCCGGGUGCUUCCCUAAUAAUGGAGCGCGAAUUUAUCUUGAUGGCUGCUUUAUGAGAGCAGAAAAUUACAGGUUCUAUGACCAGUAUUUAGGUCCAGAGGACAGGCGAGUAUGCGGAAACAGGACGACAAAGGGUUCAUUGUUCCAACAGAAUGCUAGGCUAGCUGUUCAACAAGCAGCUGCAAAUGCACCGAGUAAUAAUGGCUAUGCGCGUGCCCAAGUGUCAAUGCACAGGCCUUCCAAUGAUAAAGCUUAUGUUCUCGCUGAUUGCUGGAAGACGCUGAGUGCAAAUUCUUGUGCAGCGUGUUUACAAAAUGCAUCUGCAUCCAUGUUGGGAUGCUUACCUUGGUCAGAAGGUAGAGCUCUGUACACCGGAUGCUUCAUGAGGUAUUCCGAUACCAAUUUUCUCAAUGCUAUUUCUACCGGUGGAGGCUUGUCAUCAAGGGGAAAAGUUGUAGUCACUGUCAUUGUUGUUAGUUCCGCAGUCGUUUUGGGAGCAGGUGCUUUCAUUGGUAUUGGCGUCUGGAAGAACAAACAAAUCCAGAAGAAGAGAAAAGGUGCAAAUGAUGCCGAGGAAUUAGUGAAGAUCCUUCAUGACAUCAGCUUGAACUUCAAGUACUCGGCACUUGACAAAGCCACAGGGUCAUUUGAUGAGGCCAACAAGCUCGGGCAAGGUGGAUUUGGCACGGUUUAUAAGGGUGUUUUGGCAGAUGGGAGAGAGAUCGCCGUCAAAAGGCUGUUCUUCAACAACAAACACAGAGUUGCAGAUUUUUAUAACGAGAUUAACAUAGUCAGCAGCAUUGAGCACAAAAAUUUGAUAAGGUUAUUGGGUUGCAGCUGCUCAGGACCGGAAAACCUUCUUGUAUACGAGUUCCUCCCUAACCAAAGUCUUGAUCGCUUCAUAUUUGACCCUAUCAAAGGUAAAGCUCUAAACUGGGAGAAGAGAUUUGAGAUAAUUAUAGGUAUGGCAGAAGGAUUGGUAUACCUUCACGAGAACACAAAGACACGAAUAAUUCACAGAGACAUAAAAGCAAGCAACAUCCUGUUGGACUCGAGGCUCCGUGCAAAAAUAGCUGAUUUUGGGUUGGCCAGGUCAUUCCAAGACGACAAGAGUCACAUAAGCACUGUCCUUGCUGGCACAUUAGGAUAUAUGGCUCCAGAAUACUUGGCGCACGGUCAGCUAACAGAAAAAGCAGACGUCUACAGCUUUGGAGUUCUUCUACUAGAGAUUGUUACUGGAAGACAAAAUAACAUGAGAAAAAACGCCAAUUAUACAGUCAGCAUAGUUUCUGAUGUGUGGGAGCACUUUCAACGCGGGAUAGUGAAGGAACUUUUUGAUCCGAAUCUCAUGUUGCAUAACUGCCAUACAAUCAAUGUACAAAAUGAGGUUGUGAGAGUGUUACAUGUUGGACUUUUGUGCACUCAAGAGAUCCCAACGUUACGGCCAUCCAUGUCUAAGGCAUUACAAAUGUUCAUCAAGAAAGAUGAAGAGUUGCCUCAUCCUACUAAGCCGCCAUUCGUGGAUGACAAAACCAUGGAACUUCAUGACCCUUGGGAGAAGUACUCGCUUAAACAAGGCGAAUCUGCUACGAUUGCCAUCUUAUCUCAUAGUUCUUUUAACCCCAGAUGAUGAUAUCCCGUUGCCUUGAAAUUGAAGCUUAGAUUAAAGCUUAUAUUAAAGAUAGACAAAUUAAAUUGAUCUUAACUAGCAACUAAACAUUUCAACUUUGAGUAUGCACAUGUAGACACCUCAACUCUGAAAGUACAGGAGACCCUGGGGGAGGGGGGGUUGCUGAGUUUAUUUCUGUAUUUUGUCUUUAUAAAACUGUGAGCGAAUCAACUGCCUAGUUAAUAAGAGAAUGAUUAGAAAGUGACAUCAGAUGUUUUUAUACUGUUUGGGAUUCAAUAUGGAUCUUAGUCUAGUCCCUUUAAGUUGCAAAGGUAUUCUCUGUAAGUUCUUGAAAUUUGUCUUGUACAUGAUCUUGUAAUUUCUUGAAAUUUGUCUUGUACAUGAUCUGCGAAGUGUAGUUCCUAAAUUAUAAGACUGGAUAUCAAAUUUGGAUCAAUUUCGAAGCAAAAACGUGUUG